CCCAAGGCGAAUAGCAGUUGCGUUGAAAAUCUAUUACGGCACACAACGGCUAGGAUAACUAAAGAUAUUACUUAUUACAAGAUAUAAUCUUCAAUGAGCCGGUCUUCCUUCCAGAGAGUUAAUGAAGUUGAUUAAUUUUAUACGGAUUAUUUUUAACGUUAUACAUCCUGAACCUGGCGUAGUAAAACGGAAAAUAGAAACUGAUAAAACCCGAGGUUGGUGAACAAAUGUGAAGUGAACAAAGCACAAAGGCAUUCAAAUUCAAAUACAUCCUAGAAAUACAGCAAGAUAACACGACGGAGACAGUGAUUAUGAAAAAUGCCUUCGACUACAUCUGCAUCGACGAAUUACUUUUCACAACGCACCGAAUCCCGUAAGGACUUGAUAUAGUUCAAAACUCGUAGAAAGAGUUGAUGACUGAGUUGUCAAUACAUUACAGAAUGGCAGGUUAUGAAAGGAACCCGAAUUAUAGUGAUAAUUUAAAUUUUACUGUUUAUAUCAGCACAAAUGAACCGCCAGGUGGACCGCCGCAGAACUCUUCUCCGGAAUUUGACGGAGUGCCGAAUUAUAUCCCUGCAUGCGUGUCGUACAUUGGGACCAUAACAGGAACAAUUGUGUCAAUAACUGGUAUAUUUGGGAACAUUCUUCUAAUCAUUGCCAUCCUAACAAUUCCUAAAAUGAAAAAGGCUUCAAACAUCUUCGUUGCGAGUUUGGCAUUUUGUGAUUUACUUCAAGCGCUGGGAGUACAACCACUUUACAUUUACACGUACGUUCAUGGAGCGUGGACGUUUGAUAACAGCGUUUGCGUUUACGUUAUGUACUUAAGUAAUCUGAGUAUACUUUUGAGCAUACUUCAUAUCGCAGUUAUAGCAUUUUACAGGUAUCUUAUAGUGGUCCAUAGACGCACAUCCAGGAAACUGCACAAAAAACUCGCCAUCUUUAUAAUACUGGGAAUUUUAUAUCUACUACCUUUGGUCAUAAUCGUGGCUCCGACACUUCCAAAGCUAGUCGGAUACACUGCUGCACAUCCGGAAGGCCCCCCUCUCGUAUAUUUCAACACAAAAAUCAUGUUCUGUGUAUACAAACGCCAUUCAUAUUCCAAUAUAGGCGGCUUCAUAAAGAAAGUACUGUUUCUUGGAGGAGCGGGAUUAUUUCUUAUUUUUUGUUACGUUAAAAUCUACGCCUCCGUCAAAGAGAGUGGAAAGCUGGUGGCAAAAUCAGGAAGUCAUGAAACGUACACAAUGCAUCGGAUGAAGCGUGAGUAUAAACUACUCAAAACAAUGGUUGUCAUAUUUGUGACUUUUGUGCUCUGUUAUACUCCGCUUUCGAUCCUUAACGGGGUCGAUCGCGAGAACGCUGAAUCGCACGGUGUGUAUCUCGCCACAGUGCAACUACUCUGGCUCUCUUCCAGUAUCAAUUGGAUCAUCUAUGGAGUCAUGAACCACCAGUAUUGCGCAGCGUAUCGUUAUAUCGUCUGUCGCCUCUGUUGUGGGCGCAACAUUACCGACCCCCGCGCGGACUCGCUACUCAGUAUGAAUGGACAUGGUAGUACCUUCAGGAGAAAUAUGACCCCACGAUGUUCUGUUGGGGUUGGAAUGAGGCAGACAGCGGAUUCGAACAAUGAGCGGAGUAUCAGCGUUGGGACAUAUUCUGUCACAGGCCAUCGUGGAGGGAGACUCUCCGUAACUGCCAGUAAUUAAUCAGGUAUAUUUGCAGUGAUAAAUUCCAAUGGAAUCCGUACUUUAUACGUAUGUUUGGUCCCACCGAGUUGGUAUACGUGCUUUGGAACUUGAAGAACCUGGCGUUCCUGUCUGUCUUAUGUUUAGAUGGCCCUGACCUUGGUCUUUUGAAGUACCUUUUUAUAUCAACUAAUAAAGAUACGUUAUGACGCACUGACAUGGAAAAUAUGUGCCCUUGUAUUUGUGAUAUCGGCCUAUAAAUUUUUCUUGGAUAUUUAACUUGAAUAUUGCAAGGACGACGUACACAAAUAUCGUUACAAUGGAGAUUGAAAAUGGGACAAUGGACUUGCAUAUCAAUAUGAUAGAAGGUUGCUUCAAAACCACCAAAAAUAAAUUGCAUUUACAUUCAGAAGCUAGCAUCGAGCAGGCCCUUAGCCAGGGGUUCAGUUUUCAAAAAUUUCCAGGGGGGUUCACGUUUGAAAAUUUUGGACCAAAUAUGGCUAAAAUCACUUAGAGAAGUGCUCAAAAUGGUGGAAAACUGCAUGAUUUUGAAGGAAUUUUUGGUGGCCAGGGGGGAGGGGGUCGCCCAAACCCUGCGAACUCCCCCUUGCUGCGGGCCUGUCGAGAUUCUACAAAGACGAAGAAUUUAAAAAAAUUGAGAAGUCAAAUUCUAUUACUAAGGGAAGUUGUGGUGUAAUAAAGAGUAUUUAUAUCAUUUUCACAAUCACAAUAUCGUAUUGAUUUUCCUUCGUAUUGUAUGUAGAUACAGAGGAAACUGUCUUUGUUAUGUCAGAGAGUCCUUUAGAAGACCGUGUAAUAUCAGACAGUCCUUCGAAAUAUUUGUCACAUCAGAGAGUUAUUCUUCGAUGGUCAUUGUCACAAAUGCAGUCAUCAUGAUCAAAGGUAUGGUUUACCCAAUACCCAUGUGUUUCCCAUCGAGGUAGCCCCCCUAUAUAAAUGUACAACUUCGGAAAAAGAGGCGCAAUGUAGAAUGUCUGGUGUCUGAUUGGGCCUAUACUUUAUACAUAUCUGGGUUAUAAGAAAAUGUGUAAAUAUAUGAUAAUCGCUAUCAACUACUGAAUAAAUAUUUUGUGAAUGUACUCAUGCUGUUUACAGGGUUGUUAUUAAUAUUUGGUAGCGACAUUGUUGAAAUCAGAAAAUGUUUUACAAAAGUUUGAAUACUUUAAUAUUGAAUAGCUCUAUGUAGGUCCACAUGCUUUUUUCUUCCAAUUGCUUUUCCCAUAC